UGUGUUACAGGUGAACCGGACACUUCCUGGAUCCUCUUCACUUGUGGAUCAACAUGGGGGGGAGAGACAGGAAGUGAUUCUCUGUAUUCCCUCAUGAGCUGAUCUGUGAUUUUAUCACAUGAGAAGAGAAAAUGGAAGAGCUCCGUGGAAAAGUUGUUACUAACGAUGAGCUCCAGCAGUUUAGGCAGAAGCUAGCUCAGUAUGAAGAACACCAGUUGAACAUAUUCUAUGAGUAUUUCUGGGAGGAUCUGAUCUAUAUUCUUGAGACUCUGGACAGUCUGAGUAUCCUGAGGGAGCUGAGCUUCCGCCAUUGCAACUCUGUGGAGCACUAUGUAUCUAUAAGGAAGCAACGUGGUGCCUCUGCAUUUGCUAGGAUGUUGUUAGAAGAUAUUCGUGCAUCUGGGAGAGACACUACUUUGGGAUUGUGGGAAAGUCUCUUUGCUCUACAGAAUGAUCACCCUCAUCCCAACCUGCUGGGGAUUCUGGAUGAACUCACUCAAACAGGUGAUUUUCUGGAGCAAAAUGUCAUUUUGGACAUAAUAGGACCUGAUCUGUCUCAUGAUCUCAAAGCCUGUCGGUUACAGCACAAACAGACUCUUUUGGAGAAAACUCAGAAUCUGGUGGAACACAGAGCCCCAGGAUUAACCACUGAGAGUCUUAGCUUCCAUAUCUCUGAGCGCUAUUUAGACCUCAUUGUUGUCUCCAGUCAGCACUUCAGGUCUCGUCCUCAGCAUGAGCUCAUUGCAACAGGGGGAAUACAUGAACAUUACUUACAGAGAGCUCAGAGUAAUUUGGAGAGGAUUAGCCCUAACCGUCUGUUCCGCUGGUGCCACAGAAAGAGACGUGUGCCACAGACAGUGCUGGUGAGCGGAGUGCCAGGGGUGGGGAAAACCACAUUAAUGCAGAAGUUUGUCUAUGACUGGGCCAAUGGGAAACUCUACCAGAGAUUUGCUUUUGUCUUCUUCUUCAAAUUCCGGGAUCUCAAUAAUGAUGAGCUGAGCUUGGCCCAGAUGAUCAUUGAUGAAUAUCCCUAUCUACACAAUCAGCUCGACAUAAUCUUUCAAAACCCUGCACAACUGCUCUUUAUUUUUGAUGGACUAGAUGAAAGCAAAUAUCAAAUUGAUUUAAAACAAAUGGAACUGUGCACCAACCCCUGUUCCAUGCAGACUGUUGGAGUCAUUGUGUCCAGUUUGGUGAGACAGACUCUCCUUAAUGGCUGCUCUGUCCUAAUAACCAGUCGCCCAACCAGACUCGCAACAGUUGAAACAUCUAUUUUUCACCGAGUGUCUGAAAUUAUGGGAUUUUUCCCUAAGGAAAGAGAGAAGUAUUUUCUGCAUUUUUUUAGAGAUUACACAAUGGCAGAAAAGGCUUUCCAUUAUGUGAGAGAGAACGGGAUGCUGUACACAUUCUGCUACAUCCCAUCCUACUGCUGGAUCAUCUGCACCGUGUUAUCCAUGUGCUUCAGAGACCAAAAGAUAAACUCCGCAUCAACUAUAGAAUUCUUUCCAAAAACUGUCACACAGCUUUUUGCCAGUUUUUUAAGUAACAUUCUUGCCAAUCACAGUCAGCAAAGGUGUAUUGAUAAGAAUUUCCUGAUUUCCAUUGGUCGGAUGGCAGAGAAUGGGGUAAAUAGUCACACUCUUUCAUUUACAAAAGAUGAUUUGGAAGCAUUUAGUGUGGAUACUUCCUCACAUCUGGUGACAAGCUUUGUGAUGGAGAGUGGGAAGCCUCCACAUGUGUCCUAUUCCUUCUUGCAUCUCACCAUACAGGAGUUUAUGGCUGCCUUGGUUCACUACCUUGACUAUUCCCCUGAAAGGCUGCAGAAGGCUCUUGAGGAGGCAAAAUCAUAUAAAGACGGCCGUGGGGAAAUAUUCCUUCGUUUCAUAUCUGGACUCUCUGACAGUUCCACCAGAUCCCUGUUGAAGCCAUAUAUAGGAGAUUUAUCUGCGGAGGCCUCCAAGCACGUUAUCAGUUUUCUUCAGAUGUCAAUUCCCACUAGACGGACACAAAAUACUGACAUUAGAAAAGUUCUUAAUGAGUUUGCCCGCCUUACUGAGUCCCGAAACAAAGCACUUGUCUUCUCAUCCAUUGGAUCAAAUAAGCAUUUUGAUUUUUCUGAAUUCUAUUUGGCGCCUCUGGACUGCACAGUGUUGGCUUUUAUCCUGGAAUCCUGUAGGCAAACAGAAGUUCUAAACCUUGGUGCCUGUUUCAUUCAGACUGAAGGACUGGAGAGACUUGUCCCAACUCUACAUACUGUUACUGAUGUCAGAUUCACAAAAAACAAUCUGAGGAAUGAGGACGUGCAACAGAUUUAUUCCUUAUUAUCUCAUCCCUACUGCCGAAUCCAAAAGCUGAGUCUGAGGAACAAUGGUCUGACGGAGGAAAGCUGUGCUAACUUGGCCACGGCAAUUAAUGAAAACAAAUCUUUGAGGGAACUGGAUCUGUCUAAGAACAAACUGGCUGGGGAUGAUUUCUGUCAGUUGCUUGCGGUUCUUUCUGUUCCAACAUGCAGGAUAGAGCGUUUGGGACUCCAGGAGAUCAAGUUGACCCCAGAAUAUGCUAAAUCGUUACUCUCCUUGUCUGUCAACACCAACCUCACCCACCUCAAUAUCAGCAGCAAUUUCUUUGGCGAUGCUGGUUACCCUCAUAUAAAAGAACUUAUACUGAGUCACCCCAGCCUGAAGGAGAUCAGGGUGGAGUUGAAUGAUUUUUCAGAAGAAACAGAAGAGGACCUGAAGCAGCUACAGACUCGUAGGCCGGAUGUUGUCAUUUCAUGAUGCACAGAAACAAACGGCGAAGUGAGAAGUUCAGUGCUUACCAAGAUUUUUCCCGAAAACCUUGAAAUCUUUGUAUUAUUGCAUGAAACUCAGCGCAGAUCAGGAUAUCUUCGGGACUCCCAUUGAUUUAUAUACAACCUCAGCAGGUCUGAGA